CGGAAUGCGUCACGUGUUAACCUCUGACCUCCCCGAGGUGCCGGCCGUGUGAGGUGAUGCUGCUUUCUGCCGUUGCGAGGUGUGGGGGCUGUCCGGGGUUGAGGACGGCCGUCCGGCGGCUCGGAGGCGGCUGGAACACGAUCAGCCAUCCGUGGAAACAUUGUGUGGUGAGAAGGGGCAAGAGUUCUGUUGUUUCAAAUGCCACGGUGCAGUCUGGCACUUCCUCCGUACCCAAUGCUGUCACCAACAGAAUUGUGGGGAAAUGGAUGAUUGCAUGCAGUGGGAUGGUCGUUGGGGCUGUGGUCCUUGGUGGAGUAACCAGGCUCACCGAGUCUGGCUUGUCGAUGGUGGACUGGCAUCUGCUCAAGGAAAUGAAGCCCCCAAGCACCCUACCAGAGUGGGAGGCUGAGUUUCAGAAGUACCAACAAUUCCCAGAGUUUAAGAUAUUAAACCAUGACAUGACUCUGAAUGAGUUCAAGUUCAUCUGGUACAUGGAGUAUUCCCACCGGAUGUGGGGUCGGGCGGUGGGCUUGGCCUACAUUCUGCCCGCCGUCUAUUUCUGGAGGAAGGGCUGGUUCUCGAGGAGCUUGAAGCUGCGGGUGGCGGGCCUCUGUGGCUUUGUGUGCUUUCAGGGUUUGCUGGGCUGGUUCAUGGUGAAGAGUGGCUUGGAGGACAAAAAGGAUUCACACGACAUCCCACGGGUCAGUCAGUACCGUCUGGCUGCACAUCUCGGAUCUGCAUUGGUGUUGUACUGUGCCAGUCUAUGGACUGGCCUGUCUCUCCUCCUGCCCCCAUUGAAGAUGCCGAAUACUCGCCAGGUGAUGCUGUUCAGACGAUUUGCUCAAGGGACUGGUGGACUGAUUUUUGUAACUGCACUCUCAGGUGCCUUUGUUGCUGGCCUGGAUGCUGGGCUUGUCUACAACUCCUUCCCCAAAAUGGGAGAACGUUGGAUACCUGAUGAUCUUUUGGCCUUUUCCCCAGCUCUCCGAAACUUCUUUGAGAACCCAACCACUGUUCAGUUCGACCACAGAGUUCUGGGUAUUGCCUCGGUGACUGCAGUGACCAUCCUCUACGCACUUUCCCGCAGGAUGCCGUUAUCCAAGAGAACUAGAGUAGCUCUUUCAUCACUGACUGCCAUGGUUUACAUGCAGGCUGCUUUGGGAAUCAGUACCCUGCUGCUCUACGUCCCCACUCCUCUGGCAGCCACCCACCAGUCAGGUUCGCUGGCGCUGCUCAGCCUGGCACUGUGGCUGAUCCAUGAACUACGCAGGAUCCCCAAGUGAUGCCGACGGAUGCCCUCUCAGCACGCGUCAGUUCCGUUGAACUCCAGAGUUCGCACCAACGUAGAUGGCGAUCACUGAUUGAUCGUUGGGAAGAGGAGCUGGCAUCACAGUGUGAUAUUGCUAUGCACAUUGUACUCAUGAAGUCCGCUCAUCGUCCAGCGGCUUCUCCUGAUGUCAGCUUUAUUUCUCCAGGAUUCUUUUAAAUGUGGCUGGUGGAGACAGGGAAAAUAUUUAAGUGUAAAGAUUAGCUUUAUUUGUCACAUGUACAGUGAAAUGCAUUGUUUGUGUCAAUGACCAACACAGCAUGUCCAGAACUUGUUAAACCUAAUCUGUACGUCUUUGGAAUGUGGGAGGAAACCCAUGCGGUCACGGGGAGAAUUCCUUACAGACAGUGGCAGAUUUGAACCCUGUAUCUGGCACUGUAUUAGCAUGAUGCUAACUGCUACUUUACAGUUGAGGCUACAAGUACAGAGAUCUAAAUUAAAAGACCGUAGGUGCACAAUAUGCUCAUUGAGUCUGCUCACUUAAAUGUAACUGAGUUUUGUUUUCAACCCCACUCUCCCACCUUUUUCUUGUAACCCUCACCCCUUAUCAAUCAACCUACCAACAUAAAUAUAUUGGUAAAAUAUAUAUAAAUAUAUAUAUAUAAAUGUAAAAUAUAUAUCUUUAAAAUAUAUAUAUAUAUAUAUAUAUAUACAAUAAUAUAUCCAAUCCUUAAAUAUAUCCAAUAAUGCCCUCCACAGCUGUCUGAAUUCCACAGAUCCAUCACCGUCUGGCUGAAGAUAAUCCUUCUCUGUUUUGAAGGGGCAAAUCUUUAUUCUGAGACUGUGCCCUCAGGGCCCAAACAAUCCUACUAACAGAAACAUCCUCUCCACGUACACUCUCCAGGACCUUCAGCAUCCGGUAGGUUCCAAUGAGAUCCCUCCGCUCAUCAUUCCGAACUCUAUCGAGUGCAGGCCCAGAGAUACCAAACUUAAUAGCAGGAAACACUACAAUUGUAACAACCAGUCUGCUCGAGGAGCUCAGGUCAUGCGGCCUCUGUGGGAGCAAAGGAACUUCCACCUGCAUCUGGAGGACCCAAAUCAUUAACAGGCCCACCCCCCCCCCCCCAUGCUGCUCGACCUGCUAAGACCCUCCAGUUGUUGCUUGUUGCUCCAGAUUCCAGCAUCUACAGUCUUCAGUCUCUGCUGUUACUUUUGCUUUGAAGUUUGACACUGGGCUGACUACAGUAUGAGUGAGGGCCUCCAUCAGUCAGAUUUGACCACGGAUAGUGCUAGUUGUCUAGAUAUGCAAGUCUGGGCAGUACGGUGUGGAGAGCAAGCUGUUGCCCAUGUGACACACAAAAUGCUGGAGGAACUCAGCAGGCCAGGCUGCAUUUAUGAAAAAAGAGUACAGUUGAUAUUUUGGAUUGAGACUGUUCAGGACUGGAGAAAAAAGAGUAGAGUUUAAAAAGUGAGGGGAGGGUAGGGAGAAACACAGUGAUAGGUGAAACUGGGAGGGUGAGGGGUGAAGUAAAGAGCUGGGAAGUUGAUUGGUGAAAGAUUCAGAGCUGGAGAACGUGGAGUACAGAAGGCCAGAGAAGAAAGAAAAAGGGGUUCAUGACAUCAGGUUGGAGGCUACCCAGGUGGAAUAUCGGGUGGUAUUUCUCCAACCUGAGUGUGGCCUCAUUGCAACAGUUGCCCAUGGAGCAAACUCCCUCUCUCCAUGCACCUGAUUAACCCAAAGGAAUGGCAGUAUUGUACAAUCACAAUGCUUUUAUGCUUUGACUGUUUUUAUGCUUUUAUGGUCCACCUCUUAGAGUUCUUCACAUUACUGUCUGCUAGUAGUUGGCUGUCGGUCAGGAUGUGAAGGUGAAGGAGUUGGCGUAGAGCUUUUGCAGUACCAGCAACCCAAGUUCAAUUCCUGCCACUGUCAAUAAAGAAUUCCUCCGGAUGCUCUGGUUUCCUCCCACAUUCCAAAGAUGUACAGGUUAGGUUAAUUGGUUGCAUGGGUGGUGUGGGGCAGCGUGGGUUUUUUUUCCAGCCAGAAGGGCCUGUUACUGUGCAGUAUAUUGAAAUUUUGUUGCUGGAAACUACCCAGACAAUGCAGAUGUAACACACAUUUCAAGAGGAAAAGUUUCUACACUUUUUUUUCUAAAAUGUAAUAAUUUAAGGAUAAAUCAACUGGAACAUGAGCAGAAAUCAAUAAGACUAAAUACAUUGUGAGUAAUUAAAAUCAAUAUUUUACAAUA